AUGGCGAUCAGCGAAACAGCCUUCGCCUACCACGAGCCAGCCAUAAGCACAAUCCUCAACCAAACAGGAUUCCUGCUAGUCCUCAACCUAGUUAAUGUGUGCCUCGACAAGCUCGUUUACUGCGGACUAAUUGGCCAGCUCUUCAUCGGCAUCCUCUGGGGCACUCCCGGCGCAAAAUGGCUGACCCGGGACAUGGAAACCGUGAUCCAACAGCUCGGUUAUCUCGGAUUGAUAAUGCUCGUCUACGAAGGCGGGCUAUCAACAUCCCUCUCGUCCCUGAAAGCGAACCUCCUGCUUUCGCUCGCAGUAGCCAUCACCGGCAUCUGUGCACCGAUGGGCCUCUCCUUCAUUCUCACCGAGCUGGUGUCCGCAACGCCCCUCCAGGCCUUCUCUGCCGGAGCGGCUCUCAGCGCAACUAGUCUAGGAACUACGUUCACGAUCCUCUCCACGACAGAUCUAAUCAAGACACGACUGGGCACGGUUACUACCGGCGCAGCCAUGUUAGAUGAUGUCGUGGGACUGGUAUUGGUCCAGAUCAUCACCAACCUAGGCGGGAGUAGCGACUCGUUCAGUGCAGUGACAGUUAUACGGCCUGUUUCUGUUUCUAUCGGAUUCGGGGUUGGUGUGUGGCUUUUGUGUCUGUUGGGUCUUAGACCUGCUUUAAGGGUGCUUCUGGCCCAUAAGCAUAGGUUCCCGGCGUUUACGGGGACGGUUCAGUUUUAUUUUCUGGUGAAUACGUGUUUACUGGUGGGGAUGGUGGCUGGGGCUACUUAUGCGGGCACGUCGAGUCUCUUUGCUGCGUAUCUGGCUGGUGUGAUGACGUCUUGGAUGGAUGACUUUUUCAAGGAGAAUUCCGGGUCUGGGGAUGCUGGUAAUGGUAACGUGUCUUCUGAAUCAGGAACGGAGAAUACCUCUCAAGAGGAGAAUCCUACCGGUCAAGAGAAGGAUUCCAACCAGAAUGACCAAACAACUCGCCAACAGACUACCAGCACGAAACGUGAGACUCCCACCGGUAGUAUGGUCUAUGAGAAAUACUACCAUGAACCUGUGACAAGGAUCCUGGUCCCUCUGUUCUUCGCCUCAAUCGGCUUCGCCAUCCCCAUCACGGAAAUGUUCGACGGAAAAAUAGUCUGGCGUGGCGUCGUCUACGCCACCCUCAUGACAUUCGGCAAGCUAAUCACCGGUCUUUGGCUUGUGCGGUUAUCGUCUCGACCUAUUUCAAGUGUCCUCCGAAUUCUUAAGAAACCAUUUUCCCGCGUUGUCUUGUUCUGCGCGAGUCCUCGAACCGGUUCCAAGAAGCAAAAGAAAGGCACAACAGAGACACAACAACAUCAAGACCCCCGAAACCCCGAGGACAAAUCACAAGACCAACCAACACCGACCCAAGCACACGAAACCGUCACCAGCGAACAACCAACCCAAAUCUCUCAACCAACCUCGACUCUCCCACCGAAGCCCAGAUCCCUCUAUCCGGCGUCGAUCCUGGGCCUGGCGAUGGUCUCCCGCGGCGAAGUUGGUUAUUUAAUUGCUUCGCUCGCCGAGUCGAAGGGGAUCUUCGGGACCAGCUCUAGUGGUGGUUCGUCGGAGACGUAUCUGGUGAUUGUGUGGGCGAUCUCGCUGUGCACUCUCUUUGGGCCGAUUUGUGUCGGGACGUUGGUUAAGAGGGCGAAGACUUUGCAGCGGAUGAGGGUGGAUCGGGGUGGGGAGGAUCCGUUGGGUGUUUGGGGGAUUUAG